GGGUAGGCUUGGCCGCGUCCCCCUCGGCGUCGAAGAAGAUCGACAUGGUGGCGGCCUCCUCCCCCUGGAUCGUCCCCGGCUCCCUGUACUGCGUCCGCUCGGACUUGGUUCCCGACGAGGAGCCGGAGGCCGAAGCUCCCGCCCGCCCGCGCGCGGCGUCGGACCACGUGAGGCCUGGCAAGUCGACGACGCUCAUUUUGAAGAACAUACCCAGAAAGUACGGGCGCACUGGCCUGUGCGAGGAGCUGGCCGCGAACGGCUUCGGCUAUGCCAUCGACUUCCUCUACCUGCCGAUAGACAGUGCGACAGGAGGGAACCUCGGCCACGCGUUCGUCAAUGUGCGAACGAAGGACGCGGCGCCCCCGCGUUCGCCACCCUGGGGCGCGCCGAGGAUGCGCCGGUGA